UCUAACUAAGCAAUGAAAAUGCUUGCCAACAGAUUUCAAUGGUCAGUCUAACCUCUGUUUUUCCACCAUUGCCAGUCUCUUCCAUCUGCACUCAGUUGUCUUCAGCAUGGGGGAGAAGAGCCACUCUUCCGGAAAGGAGAUUCAGCACGGGAUGCGAGCAGAGGCGCCAGGAAAAAAAAGCUGGCACCCCCAGGCCUACGCCCUUGGGGCCAUUUCCAACUUCAUGUCUACUUUUCUGACCUUUCCCAUCUAUAAGGUGGUGUUCCGGCAACAGAUCCAUGCUGUGGCGAUGUCAGAGGCUGUGAGACAACUGUGGCAUGAAGGUCCUCAGUACUUCUACCGCGGAAUCUACCCCCCUCUUCUCUCCAAGACAUUGCAAGGGACUCUACUGUUUGGGACUUACGAUAGCCUGCUGAGCUCUCUCUCCCCUGUUGGGCCACACUCCCUGGGACACCGCUGGGCUGCAGGGCUCAUGUCUGGUGUGGUGGAGGCUGUGGCACUCAGCCCCCUUGAAAGGGUGCAAAAUGUGCUCCAGGAUGGUCGCAAGCAAGCUCGCUUCCCCAGCACCUUCAGCAUUCUCAAGGAAUUCAACUCUUAUGGGCUUUGGGGGCGGCUGUCACUGGGCUACUAUCGUGGUUUCUGGCCUGUCCUUGUCAGGAACAGCCUGGGGAGUGCUUUAUAUUUUUCUUUCAAAGACCCCAUCCAGGAGGGCUUGGCAGAGCAAGGCCUACCCCAUUGGGUUCCUGCCUUGGUGUCUGGUAGUGUCAAUGGAACAAUCACCUGCCUAGUUCUAUAUCCUCUGAUUGUGCUGGUUGCCAAUAUGCAGUCCCAUAUUGGCUGGCAGAGCAUGCCAAGCCUGUGGGCCUCUGCCCAGAAUGUGUGGGACACUCGCGGCCGAAAGUUGCUCUUGAUCUACCGUGGAGGUUCCCUGGUCAUCCUAAGAUCCAGCGUGACGUGGGGCCUCACUACAGCAAUCCAUGACUUCCUGCAGAGAAAGUCUCACUCCAGGAAAGAGCUGAAGAUUGACUAGCUGCAGGAAGAAUGGCCAAGGCAUCUUUGUCGUUCUAAACCUUCCCUGGUUGGUUCUAUAUAGCUUACUUAUUUGGCUUGGCUACCUAAUACAGCCAUUCUUUAGCACCUGUAACCUCAUUGCAUGGGAGAAGUUCCCAACUACCAGCCUGCUGGGCAGAGACAAAGCCCAACAGGAUUCCUUAGUCGGAAAGAAAAAGCCACACCAAUCUCUCCACAGCUUCAGUAGCUUCAGAACUAAGAGGCCUUUAAAUAACU